AUGGUCAACAGACAAAUUGAACAACCAUCUACAUACUAUUCUAUAGAGGCAGCCAGUCUUGAAGGAUAUAUGGUCGAUUUAGUGGCAAAUAACACAACGUUAUGGAAAGCUACCCACGAAAGCAUCAUUGAGGACUACAUACUGGAAAUGUUUUAUGAACUCGAGGAAAAGGCAGGAGCUGCCAUUAUCGAACUACAACAACAUUUGCAUAAUAAUCAGACAAUUCGCAACUCAAGACAGACAGAUUGCGAAUUGCCUCUACCAAGAAUAUCACUACCAAAAUUUGAUGGAAACUAUAUGCGGUGGGUCGAAUUCAAGGACUUGUAUAUGGAAUUGGUCCACAACACGGACAUCAGUGACAGCAAAAAAAUGCAUUAUCUGACUACAUCAUUGGAUAACGAGCCAAAGGGGCUAAUUAGACAUCUUCCAGUAGUAGGAGAAAAUUACAAUAUAGCCUGGACUUUACUUACAAGUCGUUAUGAAAAUAAACGACUUCUGGUUACAACACUCCUAAAUAAAUUAAUGGGACAAUCCUCCAUUAAAAGGGAGUCGGCACCAGCAUUAAAAUCUCUACACGAUGUAAGCAAGAAAUGCAUACAUGGUCCCCAGGCUCAAGGAGUUCCAGUCGAACAUUGGGAUGUUAUCCUGGUACAUCUAUUGCUGCGCAAGCUGGAUGCAGAAACUCUAACAGCUUUCGAAGAAGGGCUAACAGACAACAAACGUUUAAUAACCAUUGAUGAAUUGCUAAAAUUUUUGGAACAUAGAUUUCAAUCACUUGAGGCUAGUGGAAAAGGAGAUUCAUCAUUCACUCGAACGUGUGCUUCAGCUACAAAAUUUGGUUUAAGUAAAACCUGUCCAAUUUGCAAUAAAGACGGUCACAUGGUCUACGCUUGCAAAAAAUUCGAGACAGCUAAUCUAUCACAACGAUGGAAUUGGGUUAAGGAGUUCAAUUUGUGUGUGAACUGCCUCAGGAUUGGACAUCGAGCUGAUGAGUGUAAAUCCAGGCACUGCACUAAGUGUUCUAAAAAACAUAACACUUUGAUGCAUAAUCCAAAGGGGAAUCAAUACACAAAAGGUACUGUUCUUCAAGGAAAUAACUCAACGCCUCAACAAACAGGUCAAGCUUCAGUUUCAAACCAAUCAUCAAAUAAAAUAACCCUUUUAACAAACAAUACCAAUAAGGAAUCUAAUUAUGUCUUAUUAGGGACGGCCAGAAUAAGAUUGCUGGCAUCAAAUGGAAGACAAAUUGAAUGCAGAGCAGUAUUGGACUCUGGCUCUCAAAUCAAUCUCAUAACAAACCGACUGUCAAAAAAAUUGGGCUGCAAGCCUAGGCCAACGCUUAUGAGUAUGGAAGGCGUAGGAGCAAAUGAAUCAAAAAUACGUCAUCAAACAAUAAUCCGAGUACAAUCAACGUUGAACGAAUUUGUAGCAGAGAUGGAUGCACAUAUCAUACCAAAAAUCGUUUCAGAUCAGUCAAUGCAGUAUUUGAAUAUCGAAUCCUGGGAUAUUCCAAAGGAAUUAACUCUCGCUGAUCCAGAUUUUAACAAACCUGGCCGAAUAGAUUGCCUGUUAGGAGCAGAGAUCUUUUUCAAGUUACUUAUUGAAGGUCAAAUAAAACUAGCAGGUAGUCUUCCAACACUUCAGAAUUCUAUUUUUGGAUGGGUUGUAGCUGGCAAUGUUGAAACUUUAAAUUCAAGCACGGCAACCUGUGGCAUAUGCACUACUAAGGAACUAGAAGAAUCUAUAUUGAAAUUCUGGGAAUCAGAAGAAAUUCCAGAUUCAACUUCGGAACUCACAGAAGACGAAUUGCGUUGUGAGUCACAUUUUUUGCAACACACUUUUCGAGGAAGUGAUGGCAGAUUUGUUGUAAAACUCCCACUAAAGAAUCAUCCAUCAGUGUUACCAGAUACAAAAGGAAUCGCUUACGAGAGGUUCAAGACAAUCGAGCGCCGUUUCAUUCAAAAUCCUGAUCUAAAGAAUCAAUAUGUUUCAUUUAUGAGGGAAUAUGAAGCAUUGGGACACAUGACAAAAUUCAGCGGUAGCGAAAUAGUAUCUCCCCAAUAUUUCAUCCCUCACCACUGUGUGCUACGUCCAGACAGCUCAACAUCAAAACUGCGAGUUGUAUUUGACGCAUCAGUACACAAAUUAUCAGGGCCAUCACUAAAUGACAUAAUGUUUAAUGGUCCAAAAGUUCAAGACGAACUGUUUUCGAUUUUGCUCAGAUUUAGAAUGCACAAAUAUGUUUUAAAAACUGAUGUGGAAAAAAUGUACCGUCAAAUAUGGGUUAACAAAGAUGAUCGAAAUCUGCAACUCAUAAUGUGGCGAGAAAAUCCCACAGAACCACUUAAUUAUUAUCAGUUGAACACAGUUACUUAUGGCACAAGAGCAGCACCAUAUUUAGCAACACGCUGUCUAACAAAAUUGGCGGAUGAAUAUCAAGGAAAUUAUUUAUAUGGCGCCACAUCUUUAAAAAAGGAUUUUUAUGUUGACGACGGUCUAAUAGGAGCUGAUACCAUCAACGAAGCGUUACUAAUUCAACAACAAUUAAUAACAAUUCUAGACAAGGCUGGAAUGAAACUAAAAAAAUGGUGUGCAAACAACCCAAAACUUUUACAUGGAAUCGCUACAGAAGAUCAAGAAGUAAAUCUCAAUUUUGAUUCCAAGGAAACCCAAUUCACAAAGACGCUGGGUCUUUUAUGGUUACCAAAGUCAGAUUCAUUUCGUAUCAAGGUUAACAGUCGAGACCAUAGUCACACAACAAAACGAUCUAUGAGCUCCGAUUUGGCACACAUAUAUGACCCUUUGGGUCUUAUUGGUCCAAUCUUGGUCACCGGUAAAAUCUUGUUGCAAGGAGCAUGGCAGCUAAAACUCGAUUGGGAUGAUGAUCUUCCGUCAGAAAUACGUAAACAAUGGACAUCGUAUAGAGAAGAUCUGGCCUUGUUGGACAAUGCAACAGUUGUGAGGCACGUAUUCAGCAGUCAAGGCUACAGCCAUGUUGAGCUGCACGCUUUUUGUGACGCCUCAGAAAAGGCUUAUGGUGCAGCAGUAUACAUUAGAACAGUACAAAAGGAUAAAACGAUAAAACUUAAUCUACUAUGCUCCAGAUCUCGUGUAGCACCCAUAAAAUCUCAAACAAUUCCACGACUAGAAUUGUGUGCAGCGUUGCUAGCAGCAGAACUCAUGGCAAGAGUUAAACUUGAUCUAGGCUAUCAAGACAAGUACACUAGACAAUCACUGCUGGGCUACCAGCAAGUGCAACAAGGCAUCGAUAUGGACGUGUGGUAA